GAUAACUUCAGGCGGAUCUGGCCACUUUCCCGUUCCCUCCGUUGAAAACAACAAGGCUUUCUAAUAAGGGAUCUGAGGCAGGGGCGCCAAGCAGUCGUUGAAUUUAACAGUCAGGGCCAUUUUAUGCUCCAGAAUGAUUGGUAAAUGUAUGUUAAAGAUCGGAUUGCGUGCCUGCAGCCAAGAAAAUUGUGGAAUUAUAAGGGUCUCAACGACAUUGAACAAUGUUAGGGACAUGCGACGUGGCUCAUCCAUCGCCGCCACCACCGUCAAGGCUGGCAACGAUAAACAGAAAACCAUGGAUGAUUUGGAUGGACCUAGUUUUAUGACGUCCUUAUACUGGCUUUUCGGCAAAGGAUAUUUUCAGACAACACAACAACUGCAAAUUGAACACAGCAAAAUAUACGGGCCACUGUGGAAAUCAAAGUAUGGCCCUCUGGUAAUAGUGAAUGUGGCCAGUGCUGAGCUGAUCGAGCAGGUGUUAAGACAGGAAGGAAGACACCCCGUCCGCACUGAUAUGCCCCACUGGAGAGCCUACCGGGAGCUCCGCAACCAGGCUUACGGACCUCUCACGGAGAUGGGUGCAAAAUGGCAAAGAAUCCGGAGCAUCUUGAACCCACGCAUGCUAAAGCCAAAACAUGUUUCUGCUUACACCAACGCCAUCAAUGAGGUGGUGACUGACUUCAUCGACAAGUUGGCCUGGCUCAGAGAGACCAGGGGCGGUGGGGUUAUGGUCAACGACCUGGCAGUAGAACUCUACAAAUUUGCCUUUGAAGGCAUCUGUUCUGUGCUGUUUGAGACACGUAUGGGCUGUCUGAAUGAGAAGGUACCAGAGGAGACCCAGAAGUUCAUCUUCUCAGUCGGGGAGAUGUUCCGCCUCUCCCCCAUCAUUGUUCUCUUCCCCAAGUCCGUCUGGCCCUACCUCCCAUUCUGGAAACACUUUGUGGUAGUCUGGGAUCAUUUAUUUAAAAUUGCGGAGGAGCUGAUUCAUCAGAAGACGGAGGACAUCCAGGAGAAGAUGCGUUUGGGUGAGCCUGUGCAAGGGGAGUACCUGACCCACUUGCUGCUGGGGGAACAGAUGACCGUCGAUGAGAUCCUGGGGAGCAUCACAGAGCUAUUGCUGGCUGGAGUAGACACGACGUCCAACACCAUUUCCUGGGCUUUGUAUCACAUGGCCAGGGAGCCUGAGAUUCAGGAGAAGCUGUACCAGGAAGUCAUAAGCGUAUGCCCUGGCGACAAGGUGCCCAUCAAUGAAGACUUCUCCAGCAUGCCCUGGCUCAAGGCCGUUGUCAGAGAGACGUUACGGAUGUAUCCUGUGGUUCCUGGUAACGCCCGAACCACGGUUGAAAAUGACAUUGUGGUGGGAGACCACCUCUUCCCUAAGAAUACCCUGUUCCAUCUCUGCCACUAUGCUGUGUCCUAUGAUGAGAAGGUGUUUACCACGCCCCACAGUUUCCUGCCCCAGCGCUGGCUCAGGGGGGAGGACAAGUACAAGCAGCACGCCUUUGGCUCUGUGCCCUUUGGCUUUGGGAUCCGGGCCUGUUUGGGCCGGAGGGUGGCAGAACUGGAAAUGUACCUCAUCCUGUCCAGGUUGAUUAAACACUAUGAAAUCCGGGCGGAUCCUGCUGGUUCAACUGUCAAGCCUAUCACAAGAACCCUUCUGGUCCCUUCUACACCAAUCAACCUGCAGUUUGUCGACAGGAAAGUCAAACAAGAGGAGCCAAUGGUGGCAGCAGGAGUGUCUGCAUGAGUACUAUUAGUAUUCAGAGAGUGUAAUGCUGUUGUUCACUUGGUUCCCUUUUCGCACUUAACUUUCCCAUGCCUUAACACAAAUGCAAAUUGGCAAAUAUUGUCCAAAAACGAAAACACUGCUUAUAUUUAAAAUAUUUCCUGUAUUUUUGUUUAUGUUUUGCAUAAAUAGGGUUAUUUAUGCAAAACAAUCCUCAAGGAUCACAAUGACUCUUGCUUAGAGACUUGUUGCUCUUGUUGGUUAGUGGUAACUGAUUUAAACUGUUG